AUGUCAAUCAAGAGCGUCACAUUCUGCUUGUCCAAUGAAGUGGGGUUACCGUUACAAAUAAAGAUAGACUCUUUAGAGGGUUCGAAACCCUUGUUGCGAGCGUCUCAGAGGCUUAUACAGCCCUCGCUCUCACAGAAAUUAUCAGAUGUGGUACCCUUUAGCGACAUGUUUGUCUCUGUACAGGUUUUCGACAAAGAAAGAUGCAGAAACUUAACAAUUCCGGUCUACACGCCUUACGUACCCUUCAAAAACGCCAGAAAAUGGGAUGUGUGGUUGACCUUACCCAUAACACUUGAGCAGCUAACGCUACAUAGUAUGCUCAAAAUAGUGCUUUGGGAAUUUGAUGGAGAUCAGGAAGUGGAGUUUUUCUCUGUGGAAACUCCACUCUUUGAUGAGAAAAGCUGUACAUUAAAAAGAAGUACAGAAUCCAUCAGGUUUCAGUACGAUGAUCCUGACAGUUGUAAAAUUGAAAACAGCGAAUUACAAGACCUUGUAAAUAAAUACAAACAAGGCGAAGUAAAACCGGUUAAGUGGCUAGAUAGCGCUACCUUUCCACAACUGGAGAAAUUGAACAAGAAAAGAAAGCUUCCGCAAGGUAGCUUUAUAUUGAACAUAGAGUAUCCGCUCUUUGAACUCCCGGUAGUUUACUCCGAAAAACAGUCCGACAAGGCUCAGAAAAGCAUACCCACAUUUCAUAAUUUUGAUCUUAAUAAUGAUGUUCAAAUAUCGCGCCAAGAACCCCAAGCUAAAAUCUCCCUAGGCAGUGCCGCUGACUCGACAAUUAAAUUCUAUGACCCCGAUCAAUUUAACGCUGAUCCUAUCGAGGAGAAAUUUCGACGAUUGGAGAGAGCCACCACCAAUUCUAACUUCGAAAGAGAACUCAAACCUGAUGCGAAAAAGAGAGAUAUCCUCAAUCACAUUAUAAGCUAUCCUCCUGGUAGCGAUUUAACUGCACAUGAAAAGGGAUUGGUUUGGAAAUACCGAUACUACUUAAUGAAUAACAAAAAAGCACUAACUAAGCUCUUGCAAAGUACAAAUUUGACAGAAGAAACUGAGCGAAGGGAAGUCUUGGAAUUAGUGGAUUCGUGGGCUGAAAUAGACAUUGAAGAUGCUAUCGAACUUCUAAGAUCAGCAUACAAAAACUUGUCGCUCCGAUCGUAUGCCGUUAACAGGUUGAAAAAGGCUUCUGACAACGAAUUAGAAUUGUACCUCUUGCAGUUAGUCCAAGCAGUUUGUUUUGAAAGUGCAUCACCCCUCUCAGAUAAGUCUGCAAGCGAAUUUACAAUCGUAGACGUCACUCAGAGUGGCGCCGCUGUUCUCCCUUCGCCAAAGUUCGAUCAAUUAAACGGAACAAACUCUGUCAAUAGUAUUGAAAGCACCACAAUGGGACAAAGCUCAGUACUCAUUUCACCGCUUGCAGAGUUUUUAAUUCGGCGUGCCAUCAUCAACUCCAGGCUCGGCAAUUUCUUUUACUGGUAUUUAAAGUCUGAAUCAGAGGGCAAUCAGUAUUUGGUUCACAUUCUUGACAGUUUCGUCAGUCGGCUACCAAGCAACAAGCGCACAAAACUGGAAAACCAAAUUCUUUUCAUGUCAAUGCUGGAAAGUUUCUGCAAAGAGAUCAAAAACUUGCGAGAUACAACACCAAAGAAACUGGAGCUUCUAUUGCAUCUAAUUUCCACAAGGCUAAGGCCCUUUCUUAGAGCGACCCCAGUUGAAUUGCCGCUGGAUCCAGAUUUCACACUUACAGACGUUGCGUCGGAAGGUUGCAAAAUCUUUAAGAGCUCUCUAUCUCCAGUUAAGAUAUUAUUUGAGACGCAAAGCAACCAACAGUACUCCCUGAUGUUUAAAGUAGGAGACGAUUUAAGACAAGAUCAGCUAGUGGUACAGAUUAUCACACUAAUGAACGAGCUUCUCAAAAAUGAGAACGUAGACUUAAAGCUCACUCCAUACAAAAUCUUGGCGACUGGUUCGAAAGAAGGGGCAAUUCAAUUCAUUCCUAACGAUACCAUGGCUAAUAUUCUGAGUAAGCAUCAUGGGAUUUUGCCAUUUUUCCGCACGCAUUAUCCAUCUGCUGAUCAUGAACUUGGUGUCCAGGAUUGGGUUAUUGACAAUUUUGUCAAAUCGUGCGCUGGAUAUUGCGUGAUAACCUAUAUUUUGGGUGUGGGCGAUCGACAUCUUGACAAUCUCCUCAUUACUCCUGAUGGUCACUUUUUCCACGCUGACUUCGGCUACAUUCUGGGUCAAGAUCCGAAGCCAUUUCCGCCUCUGAUGAAAUUACCCCCGCAAAUCAUAGAGUCCUUUGGUGGGGCUGACUCCCAAAAUUACAACAAAUUUCGAAGCUAUUGCUUUGUCGCUUAUUCAAUUCUUCGCCGUAACGCUAACUUGAUACUCAAUCUUUUUGAGCUUAUGAAGCCGUCCGACAUUCCGGACAUCAAAAUCGAUCCUGAUGGAGCAAUGUUGAAAGUGAAGGAAAAAUUCUGUCUUGAUAUGUCGGAGGAAGAGGCGAUUAUACAUUUUCAAAAUCUCAUCAAUGCUAGUGUUAACGCGCUUUUACCACUAGUCAUAGACCGUCUGCACAACCUGACGCAGUAUUGGCGUACUUAA